AAGACUUGGUGAAUUUCCUUUAAAAAUGCUCGAAAGUAAUCAUUAUGGGCAAAUGCAAUAUAUGAUUCAAGAAUUUUGUAAAAAUGUUAAGUUCCCAUUCGAUGGAAAAGAUCACCAAUUUUCUUAUGACCUAGAUCUCGGAGGUGAUUAUAAUUUAAAUAUAAAUUUUGUUUGCCCGGUGCUCAAGCAAUAUGUGACAGGCGAAAAAAAAGAAAAGAUAGAGGAGGAUGAUUGGAUAAUUGAAUUAAAUUACAUGGCUGUCAAGAUUAUGUUUGAUCCCAUUGUUGAUAGGAUUAUCAACAUGAUAAAAACACAAUUAGAUAAUUCUCAUGAUAAAUGUUCUAUGUUAUUUUUAGUUGGAGGUUUCAGUCAAUCCAAAUAUUUACAAUCAAGAAUUAAAGAAGAAUGUCAACACCGGGUUAGUUCUAUUUCAGUUCCUGUUCAGCCAAUCGCUAGUAUAUGUCGCGGGGCUGUAUAUUAUGGCCUUAGCCUAAAAAAUACCACCAAUGGUGUAGCUUUGGAUUGGGAUAGAUUUAUCGUCAAAACUAGAGUCCUUAAAUAUACAUAUGGAAUAAAAAUAUCUAUGAAAUGGAAAGAAGGUGAUCCAGCAACCCGAAAAAGCUAUGACGGGUAUAUUGAUAAAUUUCAUCCAUUAGCAUCGAGAGGAUCUGAAGUAUCCGUAGAUCAAGAGUUUACAUUUAGUUGUCGUCCUUUAAAAAAUGGUCAAAUAGCUAUAACUUUUGAAAUAUUUUAUACUCAAGAAUUAGAUUCUAAAUAUUGUGAUGAAAUUGGAAUGAAAUUACUUGGAAAACUUCGAAUUGAUCUUCCAGAUGUACAUCUUGGUCUUCAAAGGUCUAUUAUGUUCGGUCUUUGUUUUGGAAAAAUGGAAAUUACUGCUUUCGCACAGAACAAAACUAAUGGUCAAUAUUAUCAAACUACCUUUAAAUUAGAAGAAGAUAAAUAA